AUGUGGUAUAAGUUCGCACGCGACCGGAAGGUUGAAAUUCUGGGCGACUUUGGUAUGGAGGAGGGGUCUGGGGUCGUGGGCCCUUUUGAACAGAUUAUGGACGAUUUAAGACCCUUCUGGGGGGUGGAUCCAAAGGGUAUUCGGUCGCUAGCGGGGCGCAUGCAUGUUAGGAGAGAACAGGAUAUUUGGGGAGUUCACAUACGAGAUGGGGCUGUGGCGUCACUAACCCGCGAUAAAAAUGAAUGGCCAGGGUUUAUUGAAAUGAUCCAGUCUUUCGUCAAGGACCUACCAGAUAUGGAUAUUGCUGUCAACGGGCGUAGCAAGCCACGCGUGACGGUUCCUUGGGACGAACUCCAAAAACUCCUGAAGACUGAAGAGGGGUCUAGGGUCAGUACUGAGCAUAUAAAGAACGAGUUUUCGAAGCAUCUGCCUGGCCUCUGGGAAGAUGCAGCUGCGAAAGAAACUGCGGUGGACCCAGAAUGGAAAGACAUAUCGGGACUACCCUACAUGUCUACUGUAAAGGAGGCACGCCCUCCCGACUCACUCGUUCAUAACGAAGAACUUCUCAAGAGCAAAGCACUCUUGCGUUACGAAAGCCUUCUCAAGCUCAAUUCACACAAGCUAAACAACAAUGCCAAUACCAUUAUUCAAAACCAAAAUCGAUCCUUGACCUCUGCUCUCUGGGCCCUCUCGUCUCUGAUCUUCAUACCAUGCUUUAUCUGCCUAUGGAUUUACUAA